AUGGCUAGAAGAGUAGACAAGAUUACGAACAUUUUACAAGAGCAGUCAAAGUUAGCUACUGAAGUUAAAAACCAAAAGGCGAAUCAGUUGAGACCCUUUAGAGACGAAGUUAUUCCUGCUCCGUUUUCAUCUACAAUAGAAAAUCACGUCGAUGUUAUUAUAGUCCAAAAUGAAGACGAUGGCCAUGCAAAUAAUCUCCCUGUGGAUGAUAUCGAGAAUUAUGCUAGAGAAACUGAAGAGAUGCUUCUCAACCAAAUUUCUCAGGGAGAACCGUACAUUAUCUCUGAUUUGGCAGAUUUGGAUGUAACAAAAGAAACCACUAAUUGCAGUGAAACAGCAAAAUUGGUUUCCGAGGAAGAAAUUCUUCUCGUACAACAAACUCUCUGCCAAAACAAAGAAAUGAACGAAGACCCUGAUUACAUAAUGACCGAAGAAGAGAUGGAAGAAGAGACAAGUAAUGCUGAUGCAGAAUCUGAGAGUAAUAAGAUACGCGAAGAGAACUUUCCGGAAGAUAAUGAGAUUUCUCUAGAAGAAUCAGAAAAGCGUUCCAGAUCUAAAAGAAGUAAAAUAGACAAAAAUAAAUGGAAGAAACAAGAUAACUACAAGAGAAGAGAAAAGGGGCUUAAGUAUAAAGGAAAGAAAAAAGAAAAGGGUACAUGGAAUUACAAUAUAGAAAAGCCUGCCAAAAAAUUGAAACCUCGUUGUAGCUGCAAGUUAAGUAGGGACAACAACACUAAAUUAAAAUGUGCUUCUAUUACUGAAAAUGCUAGGCAAGAAAUAUUCGAAGAUUUUUGGAGAAAGACCUGGGGUGAGAAAAAAACUUAUGUGAACACACUAUUAGUUGUGAAGCCUACGAAAAGACGAAGGGGAGAACAGGAAAUUUCUAGGAGACAAACAUCCACUGAGUUUUAUUUAAAAGUGGGAUACAAUCUAACACGAGUAUGCAAAAAGAUGUUUUUGAAUACACUAUGUGUUGGAGAAAUUUCCAUAAAGAAGUGGGCUAAAGAAAAAGUAAUAGACAACGAGCGAGUUCAGAAGCAGCCUGCAAGCGGCCUCGGAAUUAAAAAAAUAGUUGAAUUUUUCGAUAGAUUGCCCAAACUCGAGUCUCACUACUGUAGAGCAAACACUUCAAAGCUCUACUUGGAAACAGUAUGGUACUCAAAAUCACAAUUGUAUAGAGCUUACUGCACAGAUUUUUGUGAAGAAAAUAAUAUACAACCGAUGUCUCGAGCCACCUUUUCCACAAUUUUCGAUCAACAUAAUUUAUCUUUAUACCAGCCUAAAAGGGACAGCUGUGAUAUUUGUGUAGCUUUUGAGACGAAAAAUAUUUUGCAAGAAGAGUACGAUUUUCACCUUAUAUUGAAACACGAAGCUCGUCAAGUAAAGACUAACGACAAAGAAUCCGAAAAUGAAGUUUUUGCUGUGGACUUUGCAAUCUGUGUUACUUUGUCCUAA